AUGUACGAGGACGGCUGGUACAGCUUCGUGCCGGAGCUUGGCAACGGUAGCAAUGGCAGAACCGAGACGUCUGGUGGCAAGCCUCGUGGGCACCAGCGCAAGGAAUCGCUCCUGCAGCAGCCAAACGAGCCGAACAAUAUUGCCGAGACGCUUGAAGAUGUUUUGGAAGAGCUAGAGAACACAAACGACCCUCCCGAACCCACGUUGCCCCGUCGAGCCGCCUCAUACUCCGACUUUUACGAUGUUGUCAAGGCGGAGCUGCUCAAGGAGUCUCAGCGCAGGCCGCGACGGAAGGUUGAUAGGAGGAGCAGAAAUUGGGAGGCCUUGGCACUUUUCCAAGAAAGCUCUGAGGCUUCCCAAUACCUUCAGAAGGAAACCGUGUCCUCGGAAUCGCUAGACGACCGACUGCUGGAGGAGAGCCAGCGAGAGUAUCUGCUUUACCGCGAUCAAUUAAAAAUGACAGAGCGCCAUCUAGAAGGCUUGAUUGACAACGCCAACGAUACACUAAAACUGUUGACGACAUUAUCGCAGUCAUUCCUCUCUGUCGAGGCUCAGACAUCAACUUUCCAAGCUCAAUGCGAAGAGCUCUUGACGGAACAGCGACGACUGGAGAAGCUUGCAGAUGAGGUUGGAACAGACCUCUACUACUAUGCCUACCUGGAGAAAGCUACAAGACGCCUGAACGCUCCUGGCGCUAGUCAAUUGGUAGAGGACGAUGACUUUGGUGAAAUGGUAGAGAACAUUGAUGCUUGCAUCAAGUUUAUGACCGCUCAUGAAAACUACCGAGAGCGCGACUCGUACUUGGCAAGAUACAACGCCCUGCUUACCAAGGCAUUGCAUCUUCUUGACCAUGGCUUCAACAGUUGCUUGGACAAAGUAUCAAGCGGCAUUGCGCGUCAGAUUACCGCCACAAAAUCAGAGUCUGCUCGCCAUGCUCUUGCUUAUGGUAGAUUCGAGGAGAUGAUGGCGGAAUCUUACUCUUUACUACCAAACAUUCGAAAAGUAGUCCGAUCGGCCUACCAUGCAUACGGCCAACCAGUAGAAGCCACGACUACGACUGCAACAUACGUCAAUGCCAUUACCACCAUCUUCCGAACAUAUUUCACUACCCGUGACCGGGAUAUGAAGUUGAUGACGCAACAUGAUAUAGACGAAUACCAGAAAGAGGUCAAAAGUCUGUCGGUAGAGACAGCUUCUAGAAACUUCAUUAAGCAGCUUUUCGAACGGACGUAUAGCGAGGAUGGACUUUUUACCAAAAUCUUCAACAUAGAACUCACAUGGAGCCCCUCUCCAGAGUCAGCUUUCCAGGCUGUUAAGCUAAUCAACACCUCGAUGGUGCACCCGGGCAAUAUUGUACCGCUAGCCACCAACUUGCAAGCCGUACUCCAAAGCGCACAGCUCCAGGAAACGUGUAACGUGGUUGGUUGGUUAGCUAACGAAUAUGCUGUGUCGGAAGUUGACGAGGAAGAGUCCCCGUCUUUUAGGAAGUAUAGGGAAUAUGCCGCCCGACUGCUUGCAGACCACUUGUGGUCAUUUACAGAUAACUUAUUCGAAGCCGAGAUUACCAAGUCCCUCACCAAGGCCCCAGCUCAGGAUAGUCACUUGAAGAUUGGGCCCGUUGUAGGUGGAGUGGCAUCUUCAAACGCAUAUCCCUUAGUCAAGCGAGCGAUUGAGCUAUUGGCCAUGUUUGACCAAGCAAUGCCGAAAGAACGAUCUGCCAAAAACAGUCCCGUGGUGUUCAAGAUUGUGCGAGAGACAAUCCAGAUUCUCCAGCGAGCUGAAGCAAGAAUCAAAUCGCUUAAAACGGACACUGAUCCAGAUCUCUUCAUGGUUAAGAAUUUGCUCAUCAUUAAGAAUGAGUUGGUAUCACUUGAGAUUGGUGAUAUACGGAGCCAACCCGCAAUGCAACACUUUGGCCAGAUUUGGGAUACGUUGAGUCCGCAGAACUGGGUGGGCUUUUUCGGGAGUAUCAUCAGCGGCAAUCUUUGGUCCCGAGGGGCACCAUCAGUCACCGCCAAGACACUCACAGUCGAAGAUAUGAGCGAGCAGCUAGAUGAGCUUCUGCGCCAAUCCAUUUACGCCUUUACGAAACGCUGGGGGUCUCUUUUCAAUGACUCACAGAGCAGGAAAGUCGGAGUGAAGCCCAUAGCAAAGGUUGAGGCUGAGCUCGAAACCAUACUUGAUACAGCAUUCAGCAAUCAGCCGGAAGUAAUUGCCAAGUUGAAAGAAGCCAUACAUCUCAACGCGCAAGCACAAAACGAGGCAAAGAGCCCGGAUAACGGAGCUCGGAGGUAUUAG